AUGAAACAGUUUAUAACUUAAGAGUUUCGGUGCUUGAGUGAACGUGGCUUGCUUAUCAUUAUCUUCGUCCUUUUAUAGGGUAUUCUCAACGGUCUAAUCGGUUGAGAAAAUCCCACAAAGAUAGGAGUAUCUUCAUCACACGUCUCUUCAGCCUUCAACUGCUUCCGCGCUUCUCGCGUGAGUCUUGGACUCGUUCUUGCUAGCUUGACGGCGCUGCCUAUCAUGGGCUUUAGGUCAACUUAUCUUCAUCAGCCCGUUUCUCGAGGACGCGUCUCAGUUGCUUGUACUUUGUCGCCUGUCCUUCGUCGGCUAUACCUCGUUGUAUGAUGCUACGUCGGACGUAUCUCCCUGGAGCUGUGUUUACCUGCGACACGAUAUGACCUGGCUGACACGACAUGACCAAACGUUAGAACGGUUAUGUCGUUAGUCCAUAAAGUGGGAUAACAGUUUGCCCCCAAUUGUGAAUUUGCGGAGUCACACAAAGCAAAAGAAACAAUUCAAAUUAAAAAACCGUCUUCAACUGCCUAGUUCGUGGGAUAAAACCGUUCAAAAUUCUAGAGUAAUAAAUACCAAUUCACGACAUGCAAUAAAGUUCUUCACACCAAGUUUUUCAAAAAAUUUCUAGAUCCGAAAGCAGGAGAGAGAAGAGGGAGAAAGCGAAGUCGAUUUUCGCACUGAGUUUGUUCGAUUUUCAGGUAAAAUUUGCUUUCUUUUUCGAUUUCCUUGUAGAUUUUUGUAAGUGAGAUGGGUAGAUCUAAGUCGGUUGUAGCGAGAGGAAAGGGGGAGUCGGGUUCCACUCGGGUUAAGUCCCUUAACCCGAUAUAUUCUACUGUGGUGGAUCCGACGGCUUUUGUUGAACUUGCUGGUUUGCCGCCGUCGGCGGAAGUGAAGAUUCCCGGCUCGGAUGAGGAAGCCUUUGACUGUCCAGAGGGGUAUGUGGUUAUGUAUGAGUAUCCGUUCACAAUUGGCUUCAAAUUUCCUUUCACUCCUCUAGUUAGGUCCUUUAUCGAGGUUUUCCAUUUGAGUCCGGGUCAGUUGAUGCCCCAGAUAUGGCGGGUUUUCACGGUGGUGCAUGGAGUUACUGCGAACUGGCGUACGCCGUUUGACCUGUCUGAUUUGAUGUACUCUUACGACCUAGCACUGCAGAAGUGUUGUAGGUAUACCUUGGUUACGAAGAAGGGGAAGACGAACUUAGGUGUUGGUUUAGGUGUGAACGACAGGGGUUGGCAGAGUCGUUUUGUCUUUGUAGGCAAAGAUUCUCUGGGAGAUAAAGGGCGGUUUCUGGUCGAGGGAUGGACGAUGGAAGGUAAAUGUGUCGUUUUAUCUUUGUUUCUCGUCGUUUUACUGAACGUCGCCUUACUUGGUUUUGUUUUGCAGUUGUCAAGGCGUCGUCGUUGACUGAGUUGAACGCUGAUUCUGAGGAUAAGUAUCGGAAGUUCUUGGGUUAUUCUGUCGAGGAUAGGUCUUUCAGUCGCGACGGAGAGUUUUUAGACGAGCAGGAGGUGGACCGGUCAGGCGACGUCGCCGAGGAGGAGGAGAUAGACGAGGGAUCAGGUCAACUGACUCGUCGUCGGAAAAGGUUGGAUUUGCUUGAGGAGGUAGUGGCAAACUCGUCGUCCGCCGAAGGUGAAGUAGGUGAUAUGGCUGACAACUCAGAGCAUACUCUUUCGUCUCGGCCUGUGUCGAGGAUGUCUCAGAGCGAGAUUCAGGAGCGUGCAAGGAAGCGACUUAGGUCGUCCUCGACUUCUGGUGGACGAGGUAUGACGGUUGUACCUCGGUUUUCUGCGAUAGGUUCAUGGCCGAGACGCCUGUCGUCAUAG